GAGCAUUCACUAUUCGCCAAUCACAGCGCAGGAGGCGGGCUAUGUGGACUGUAUUGGUGUGGGGAAAAUAAGGCGUUGGGGCACGGUGGUGUGUUAGUGUACAGCUGGCCGCUCGUCAUAUGUUUAAACAGUACUGCUGCUUACUAUCCUCUUAAUCACUCCAGAAUAGUUUUGUAUGCAAACUUUUCUCUCUUAGCAGAGGAGUGAAAGUUCUUCAUUCUUGGCUAGUCAUAAUUUCUCUUCCAGAGGCGCCUCGUGUUCCACGCUGGAGUCUGGGAUGUGACUAGCGGAUUACAGGGCAGCUAGGUCAACAUUAGUGUGUGUGUGUGUGUGUGUGAGAGUGAGAGAGAGAGAGAGAGAGUGUGAGUAAGUGAGUGAGUAAGUGAGUGAGUGAGUGAGUGUGUGUGUGAGAGAGAGAGAGAGAGAGAGAGAGAGAGGGGGAGAUGUGGCGGAAGCGUCGGAUUUUAUCACCCAGAGGAGAGGGACUGAAGUGAUUUACCUGGCCGGGGUUUAAAUCAUUUCCGCAGCACAGAGAGUCAGUCGGCUCGUUGCUCCCGGACCGUUGAUGGGUUUUAUGGAGCUAGCGUAGCCGCGUUAGCAAGAAAGCGCUGCACAGGCCGCUAGUUCACUUCAGAGCGCUCAUCAGCAUAUUAAAUAAUAAUCAUCAUCAUCAUCAUGGGCCUGAUUGUGGCCAAACUGUGGAGCUUUUUCUGUAAUCAAGAACACAAGGUGAUCAUCGUGGGGCUUGACAACGCUGGAAAGACCACCAUCCUUUACCAGUUCCUGAUGAAAGAGGUCGUCCACACGUCUCCAACGAUCGGGAGUAACGUCGAAGAGAUCGUUGUGAAGAAUACGCACUUCCUGAUGUGGGACAUUGGAGGCCAGGAGAGUCUUCGGCACUCUUGGAACACCUACUACUCCAACACCGAGUUCAUCAUCCUGGUAGUGGACAGUACGGACAGAGAAAGGCUUGCUAUCUCUAAAGAGGAGCUGUACAGAAUGCUGGCGCAUGAGGAUUUGCGUAAAGCCGCAGUGUUGAUUUUUGCCAAUAAGCAGGAUAUGAAGGGCUGUAUGUCUGCAGCUGAGAUCUCAAAAUACCUGACCCUCAGCUCCAUCAAAGACCAUCCAUGGCACAUUCAAUCAUGCUGUGCUCUUACAGGAGAAGGGCUGUGCCAAGGCCUGGAGUGGAUGACCUCAAGGGCGGGACUCAGAUAACCUCCAACACCCUUACAGGAUUGGCUUCAGUUACAGCCUUCAUCACAAACAUCUGGCAGCAACUCAGCCUCAUCCUACUGGCUGCUUAUUAUUAUUAUUAUUGUUAUUAUUAUUAUUAGAUUUUAAACUUUUAAACUAUAAUGUUCAACCUCUCUGGACACCUACCUCACUUCAGAAGGACUGGAUGCUGGCUGAUUGAUUGGACAGACGUUUUCAGUUUUUCAGGACAAGUUGAAUAAUGCAAGUGAAAGAAGGGGAACGCACAGUGUCUGAAAUGUUACCGCUUCCAGAGAGGCAUGAGACUGUGUGCUUUGAACACUCAUUCUUGGAAAAGUUCUCUGUUGUGGUUUAGGAAAGUUGGGGACUGGUGUAUUUUAUUGGACAACAUAUUUUAGUGGUAUUUUUCUUUCUUUCUCGAGGUCAGGGAAGUCUGUUGCUUGUAUGUGUUUUUGGGGGGGGGGGACUUGUAUGGGUGUUUGUAACAAACUCAAAAACCACUACAUAUCAUGAAACGCGCAUUACAUAUCAUUACAUGUCUCAUUACCUCAAUUGACCGCCCAGUAGAUACUCGAGCAGCGGUCUUGUACCCAGCCUGUUGCGAAUAUUGCUUGACCACUGAAACGUGGGAACAGCUUGGAUCAAUAAUAGAGUCCUUUUCAUUUAUUUGUCAGUUAUUUAAGGUCCGCAAACACCUUUUUUUUUUUAAAUUUACGAACCAAGUUUGUGCUGUAACGUAAAACGGGCUGCUUUCCCACAAAUCACUUGUAAUUGCAUUGAGGACUGGUUACUAAUAUGUAUUCUUUAGCUUAUGUGAGGAUGAAACCUGGAUUAUGGAUAAACUUGAAAAUCCUGAUUUAGUGCUUGUUGUAUUUAGUUUUAAUAUUUCGGGUACCAGUUUGUAUUAUUUUUAUACUGGUGAGUCAUAUGCUGCAUCGAAACACUUACUCAGACGUGUUUGUGUGUCUCAGGCUAGUGAGCGUUUUCUCGGUCUAUUUUAAAGAAUGGGUGCAAACUGAGAAGCAGCUUCAAAAUCUAGUUGGAGAUCUGUUCAGUAUGAAAGUGUUCUUGAGCAGAUUCCUGUGUGAUUUUGAAAGAGUGGCUGUACAGCAUGGAAUCGUGCAUAUUUGAUUUUUUUUAUUUUUUUUUCUUUUCACCUGUUGUGUGGGAUUAUUCAUGAAAAGUUUGUUUUCCAUUUUUCAAAUGGAUUUGGACCAGAAGAGGCAUGAUGAUAAUGUCUAGAUAUGAAAACAUGUUUUGAGCUGAAAAUUAAAAUAGGCCAUUGAGUGAGUUGAUCCCACACAGGAACCAGAUGUUUUAUGCUUUGGAAAACUCAGCCUCAGCCUUUCAUAAGUGUGUACAGGUAUAACGAUGGGAUUAUUAGCAUAAUUGAGGCAUUGAGCUGUGCAUUCCUCUGCUUUUAUUUCUUUAACACUUCAAACUGUGCUGCCUGCUUGAACACCAAACCGUACAGAACUGGAAAUCAGUGAAGUUUUUUGCUUCACUAUCAGUAUCCAUGGUUUUUAUUAUAUGGUUCCAGCAUGCAAGGGUCAGGGUUCACAAAGUACGGUGUUGAUUUAGAGGCACAGAAUCAUUAAUCUGCAAUUCCACUGAUUCCUCAUUUCAUCAGCCAUUGAAUUCCCAUUUGGUGAAACUUCAGACGUGCCAUUUCAGCAUAAGCAGGAGAAAUACGUAUCAAUUUUUAUAUUUCUGUAAUUUUAUAAUAAAUGCUUUUAUUUUGAA